UUUGUCACGUAUGUCUGAAUAAGGAAAGGCGAUACAGCUUAAUGGGCCGACCCGGUUCGCUCGGCCCUUUGCGGCUCGCUGCUGUUGGACGGACGCAGCGAGCGUAGGUCACGGUAUUUUGCGAUCCAAAACAGUUAGGGUUUUGUUCCAAUCGUGAAAGGAAACCAGAUCGAUCUUCCCAAGUCCCGGCAAUGGCAUCGCCGUCGCUCCCUCCCACAGCAACAGCAUGCCAAGCCAACAACGGCGACAGCGGCAGCACCGCGCCCAUGGCCGGCACUGCCAACGGCAGCGUCCUCCUGCCCCACGACUUGCUGUACGAGAUCCUCCUGCGCCUCCCCGCGAAGCCGGUCUGCCGCCUCCGCGCCGUCUGCCGGUCAUGGCGGCUCCUGCUCUCCGACCCGUCCUUCGUCGCCGCCCACAAGGAGCGCCGCCACCACCACCUGCUCGUCGCCGACAUCAGAUGGGAGACGUCGGCCGAAGCCCCUCGCGUGGACUUCCACAUCAUGGACACGUCCGGGCACAGGGCGAGGCAGAUACGGUUCGAUGACAACCCUCACGCCGGAAACCUCAGCUGGAGCACGGCGUUUAGAAAGAGAAACCACGACCAGCUGCUCUGCCUCGUCGGCGCGGACAGUCGCGCCCGCGUGAUCGACCCGGCCACUGGCGUCGUGUUACUCUUGCCGGAUGACCGCCCAGAUGAUCACCAUUACCACCAUUACGGCUUCUCCAGACGUUUUGCACUAGGUCGGUCCUCCACAACAGGAGACACCAAGGUGCUGGUCGUCGCCGGAUGGUACGCGAAGGUCCUUACCCUCGGCGAUGGAGCCGGUAAGUGGCAGAAGACAGGUUACCCCCCAGUAACUUUAGCAACUUCAGCCAGGAGUGUGGCCCUGGUCAAGGGCGUCCUCUAUUUCUUGGCAUGCAAACACCUUGGCAUCGCAGCGUAUGACCUCGAGGAGGAGGAAUGGCGGCCGGAUCUCCUCAACUUGCCGCUGCCAGUCGACGGAGACAUUGCCCUGGCCGAACUGAGUGACAGCUUGGUUGCAGUCUACGGCCGUAGCCGCAUACCUGACUAUACUGACGUCUUCAUGGAUAUGUGGUUCCUCACGGACUCCGAGGAGGUUCCGUGGUCGAAUCGAUACACGAUCACCAUGCCAUACCAAGAUCAAGGUUGCCGGAGCCCGUGUGAGGCAAGUCGCGGCCAUCCCCUGUGGGAGAUGGAUGAUGGGAGGAUUCUGUUGUGGGUGUCGAAUGACAAGACGCGGGCACAGUUGCUGCAGGUGUAUGAUCCGAGAACAAAUACUUACACGGACGGAGUUGAGAUGUCAUGCCACUCAUUGAUCGGUGUUUACAAAGGGAGUUUACUUGCUGGUCUUCCGUGGAUCAGGAACUACGGGUUUUUUCGGAGAAUUAAAAGAGCAUUCGAUUAGAGUUUGGCAGCCAUACAUUACUUCACAGGGGUGGCUAUAUCUCGGUCGACUUAAAUUUCAUGAAGUUAAGUCAAAUGAUGUCACUAUGUUAUUUUAUAUGUAUUUCAUCAUUAUUAUUUAUUUUAUUUAUUUUUCCGUUAUUUUUUCUCUGGAUUUAUGUUUUCUAAUACAUGGAAUAUUUGUGGAACUUGGUUGCUAUAUAAUUUGGUGAAUUUGGUCAUGAAUAUUUUGUUAUUAUAUAGAUGUAAAAAAAUAUUGAAUGUAUAUUGUGUAAUAGAUUUCACAUGCAUGGUUGUAUGUUGUGGUAGAUCUUUUACCAUGCAAGGUAGCAUGUUGAGAUGACCACUUUCUCAUGCAUGGUUGCAUGUUGAGGUUGUAUAGCUGCUUGUCGAGAUGAAUAGAUGUAGUGGGGAUCAGUCUCUUAACUAUAUAAAUAUUUGAUUAUUGUAUAGAUGUAAAGUGUUUAUGGAAUAUAAAUAGUAUAAUAGUUUCCCUGUCCAUGGUUCCAUGUUGAAGUAGAUCUUUUCACAUGCAUGGUAGCAUGUUCAGGUGAUCUUUUUUCCAUGCAUGAUUGCAUGUUGAGGUGACAUAGUUGAAUGCCGAGAUAAGAUGUAGUGGGGAUCACUCUCAUAGCAAUAUAGAAUUAGUACUACAUUAUGUAAUUUGAUUCAAUGGAAACAUUCUAGGCAAGAUUGCUUGAAUAUUCCAAUAAACAAACUCAUUCCAUAAAGUAAUCGGUCCACAAAUUGAUACAUUUUUAUGAAGUACAUACAUACCAAACUCAUACAUAGACAUAAAAGAAUUCCCCAUGCUUU